AUGGGAUCCGAGGCAUUCAGACUCCCAGAAAGUGACGAGAAACUUGGAGAGAUAUCCGAGUCAGUGCUUAGAGUCAUAGACCCUGUUACCGAGCGCCUUGACCCCGUGGUCAUUGGCUCCGUGGUGAAAGCAAGCGACAUGCUGAUAAUAUUGUCCGAGGUGUCGGGCAAUGUUCUCGGAGAGCCUGGGGAUAGCGAGGAGGUAGGCUCAAAGGAUAACGAUCCGGUUGAAGUCGCUUCCGUCCCAUCAUCCCUAUCAGUCGCGGUGCUCGACACCAAACUCGUAGAGAGCUCCGACGUCGAGCUUGUUAUCAAGAGCGUGACUUUGCUACUACUACCACCAAUUGACAGCGAGGUCGACACAGAAAUGGCUUUUGGAUCCGAGGUGGAUGGCUUUAUAUUUGAACUGUCGUUUGAUGAGCUUAGUGACGGUGAAUUUGUUGAAACCGCCGCAGACGAGGCGAUGCCCGAGGUGGAUAGCUUUGUAUCUGAACUCUCAUUCGAUGAGCUUGGUGAUGGUGAGUUUGUUGAAAUUGCCGUGGACGAGGCGGUACCUAAGGUUGACGGGCCCGCGGAAAUGAAUCGGGAUGAGGACAAAAUGCCAGAUACAGUCUCGCCCGGGGAUGUGGUUAGUCGCUCAGACCCCUGCGACGCAUCCCGGGAAUGA